UGAAAGCUUUUUGUUUGCCAACGUCUCAUGCGAAACAGUUGCAAGUACAGAAACGAUCAGCUACGACGACUUUUGAAAUUUGCGCGGAUGAAUAAAAAAAAGGCAAACACACAAAAACAAAACCACGACGACAAUAGACGCCAACAACCCUAGAAAUUUUUCCCCCAAUAAUAUCCACAAAAGAACAUGGAAAUCCCAGAGACUCCACCAUCGCCAGUGCUGUUGCUGUAAAAGACACAAAACGUUCACACAACAAACGCAUUUUUAAAACGCAUCCAUCAAAUUCUAGCUGCUGCCUUGUUCUUUUGUUGCAAAUGGUUACGAUGCAGCAGGUGAUGACGAUCCAAUGACGAAGACAACGACGACGAUGAUGCAACCAACAAUGCCAGCGAGUGAAUGAAAUGAAAGUUGUGGAGAAAAACGAAUCAUCAUCAGUUUUCCAGGCAGCCAGCCAGUCAUCAAUCCAUCCAUCCAUCUGUCUAUUUACUCGUCUCGCAACAACAACAACAGAAAACGUUGCUACCCCCAUCCAAAGGAAGGGUUAAAGUGAUUUUCAUAUGGCAAAGCAAAGAAUAGUGUUCCGUAAACAAUCUCAAAAUAAACAUCAAUAUAAUUUAACGGUCAAAUCUGUGAAUGAGAAUAAACAAAUGCAAAAAAUAAAUUCAAUUGCAAAAUUUUAAAAAUUUAUUGAAGAAUAAAAAUUAAUAAAACUUAAUUAGAACGAAAACAAAGAACCAAAAAAAAAAAAAAAAAAAAACAAAAGAAUAAAUUCGGUAACAAACGAAAAACCGUUGGGCGCCAUGCUGAGUUGUACACCAAUCGUUCUAGUAGUGAAUCAUUAGUCUACCUGUCAACACUCACUCCACCCAGGUUUGGAAAUGCUUAACAACCAUAUGACGGAUUAAAUGAACAGCAGUAGGAAAAAAUAAAGAAAAUAUCUACAAAACAAAACCCACCAACUGAUCCUUAGAGCGGGCGGAAAUUACAAUAAAACUUCUAUUGUUCUUAAGAAAUAGAAAAAAAAAAAAUAAAACGAUCGGGACAAAAGGAAAAAAUAGUUUGUGUAAUACAAUUAAAACAAUGAUAAAAAUAAAUUAAUCGAACAAGAAAAAAUAAAAAGAUUGCAAAAAAAUAAUAAUUAUUAUGAUAUAAAAAUAUUGAAAAAAUUGUUUAUAAAUUACCUUUGUGAAACUUUUAGAUACGCAUAACAUGAAACAAAUCUAAAAUUUUUUUUUUGUAAUGUUAAACAUGACCACAAGUGCUCACAAGUAAUAUUUAAAAAAACAAGCUAUACUGAUCCACAAAUCCUUUACGAAAAUAAAUUUCUUGUAAAGUUUUUUAAAAAAGAAGAAGUGAAUUAACAAAUUGAAAUCAAAGUUUUAUAAAAUUUACACACCUAAAAAGAUAGCAACAUGCUAACUGAUAUGACGCCGACGGCCGGCCAAUUGUAUGGCUCACAAAUACCAACCAUGGGAAUGAAUAUCACUAAUAUUGCAACACAUUUGCAGAAACCAACAGUUAAUCCGGAUCACCCCAGUUUGAGGGGCACCCCAUUGGCCAUGUUGGCAGCACAGUGCAAUAAAUUGAGCAGUAAGUCACCACCACCAUUGGCCGAUGCUGCUGUGGGCAAGGGAUUUCAUCCGUGGAAGAAAAGCCCAACAUCGCCCAAUCAUCAUCAUCACCAUUCGCAAACGAAUAAUUCAAAUAAUAAUAACAAUAAUAAUAACAACAACAAUAACACUUCAACAGGUUCGAACAGUUCAAAUGCUUCGGUGGGACAACAUUCACCCUGUGCUAUAUCAUCGUCGGCAUCGUCGACCAACUCGUCGUCGGGAACCUCGGUGGCAAAUCAUUCAUCCGGCCUUGGCAUUUCAUCUUCGGCUGGUAAUUCAUUGACCUCAAGAAGUCUGGCCGGCAGUGGUAUUAAUACCAUGGUCAACAUAACAGCAAGCAUUUAUCCUUACAGUCGACCCAUCACCUCAUCCUGUGCUGCUGUCACCACACCCUCGGCCUAUGGCAGUGAUCUCUUCUAUCCGAAUUCGACGACCACAACUGGUGGCAUGGUGGGCGACAAUCAUCACAUGCAUCAGGGCCUCUUGGGCAAAGUGGAGGGAGCCACCUUUGGUUCGGUGUACUCACGCCACCCAUACGAUUGGCCCUUCAAUGCCGUCACAGCCCAGGCGCACAAGGCAGCUGAGGCGGCCAGUGUCAACAGCGGUUGGUGGGAUAUGCAUAGCGCUGCAGCUGCGGGCAGCUGGUUGGAUAUGGGCGGUGCUGCUGGCAUGCACUCAACCAUGGCUAAUUAUGCAACGGCUAGCUCAGAUUACUCGUCGGCUUUGAGUCACUCGCUGUCGAAUACGGCUCAUUUGUUGGGUUCGGGUCAACAUUUGCUGCAGGACACAUAUAAGAGUAUGCUGCCCAGUCAGGGGGUGGGUGGUUUCUCACUGCCCCAUAGCUCGCCCUCGGCAGCAUCAACGGCCUCCACACCCCAAUCAUCAUCGCCCACAACGCCAUCGUCUAGAUCUCAGAGGCGUUAUGCUGGUCGUGCCACCUGUGAUUGUCCCAAUUGUCAAGAGGCCGAGCGGCUCGGCCCAGCUGGGGUACAUUUGAGAAAGAAAAACAUCCACUCCUGUCACAUACCCGGAUGUGGUAAGGUCUAUGGUAAGACAUCCCAUUUGAAGGCCCAUUUACGGUGGCAUACCGGCGAAAGGCCAUUUGUGUGCAACUGGCUGUUUUGUGGUAAACGUUUUACCCGUUCCGAUGAAUUGCAAAGGCACCUGAGAACCCAUACAGGGGAGAAGCGAUUUGCCUGUCCCGUUUGCAAUAAACGUUUUAUGCGCAGUGAUCACCUGGCUAAACAUGUCAAGACCCAUAAUGGCACUGGAACUGGUAUUAAGAAGGGAUCCUCAGAAUCCUGCAGCGACUCGGAAGAACCUAACAAUCAAUCUGGCGAUUCAAAUGGUUUGAAUUCAUCUGUGAAUAAUGGCAAUUCGGGCAGCAAUAGUCAUCCGGGUACACCCAACUCUUUGACAUCGGGAGGUACUCCAACCCAAAAUCAUGGUCAGGGUUUGCAUAUGUCUCCGCAUCAUCAUAUGUCGAGUGGUUCACCGGUAAUGCUUAGUCAUCAGCAGCAUCAGCAGUUACAGCAACAACAUCAGCAGCAGCAACAACAACAACAGCAGCAACAUCAACAAGCCCAACAGCACCAUUUACAUCAGCAGCAGCAACAACAACAACAACAACAGCAGCAGCAGCAACAACAGCAAACUCAUCCUCACGCCCACAUGCAUGCCCACACCCAUCAUCACCAUCACCACUUGUUGGGCUCCAAUUCGGCAACAUCCAGCCCCGUGCUGGAUCACCACAGCACCCUGGUUGACAUUAAGCCCCCAAUGGUUUGAGGGUCACUGGGACCCUUUCUGUUCGGUAACUGAACGGAAAUGGGCUCCUACAUCAAGGAUUUCAUACAAACUCUAGCGUUAUUCGAUGACAUGGUGUAAAAUUGGCCGCCAGGGAAAGAGGGAGGAAGGAAGAUAUCUGGGAGAAAUGGAAGGCUUUGUAAAUUUUAUUUCGAAAAGAAUUUAGAUGACUAAUCUUUUUAAUCAUUAUAUUUUAUAAAAUAAAAAAAAUAUUGCACAAAUUUUACUUAAUUUUAUGUCUAGUAAGAAUAAAAAAAACAGAUAAGAAAGUAAAACAACCCAUAAUUAAUUUAUGUAAUUGAUUCAAAACACACCCACAAACAUUUUUUUGUAAAUAGUACUAUAGAUAUUUUAAACAAUUUUUGAAAAUCUUAAAAUAUAAAAAUAAAAUAAAAACAAUUAAAAAUAGUAGAAAAAUAUGAAAACAAA